AUGGUCCUCUACUUCACAUCAACAUCCGUUGAACCACCAGCACUCAUCUACAUGGGCAAGGACAAAUUCGAGAACGAAGAACUCCUCAAAUACGGUCUUGAAAACGAUGUCUGGUUUCACGUGGACAAGCUUUCCUCCGCACACGUAUAUCUUCGUUUACCGCCAAAUAUCGAAUCUUGGGAAGCUAUCCCUGAAGCACUGAUAAACGACUGCUCUCAGUUGGUCAAAGCAAACUCUAUCGAAGGUAACAAGAAAUCCAACCUCACGAUCAUUUACACUCCAUGGGCGAACAUCAAGAAGACUGGAGACAUGGCAGUGGGUGCAGUGACGUUUUUCAACGAUCGAAAAGUGAAAAGAUUUCAUAUCAAGGAAAAGGACAACGCGAUUGUCAAUAAGUUGAAUAAGACAAAGAAGGAGGUGCAGGUAGAUCAUGAGGCUGAGAGGCAAGAAAGGUUGAGAGAAGAGGGGAGGUUGAAGAAGGCGAAAGCCGUUGAAGACAAAAAGGCGCAACAAGCCGAACAAAAGCGCAGAAAAGAAGAGGCCGAAGCUCGUGAUUACUCCAAACGCAGAGAGGAAGAAAACGACGACGGCUUGGACAGUGACGAUUCUUUCAUGUAG